GUACUCCGCUAAUGGCGCUGCUCGACUCCGAAGCCUCCUUCAAAGCCAGAUGCGACGCGCUGGCGAUGAAGGCGGACCACUAUGACAAGCUGAACACGAACGGCGUGAACACCUUCUCCAAGUACACUUUCUGCUGCGCCUACAGCCCCAACCAGGGGAACGAUGACGCCCUGUUCACCUACCUUGAGUCCCUCUUCUGUUCGAAGCCCGCAGGAGGGGAAGCUGCCAUCUUUCGCCGCCUCAUGUUUGAAGCGCAUGCAAUGUCGCUCUCCGACCUGGAGGCCAAUAUCCAAAGAACCGCCGAAAGCGAGGCUAAAGUCUUACCCUCAGCUGAGCGGGUGGCCCGCUUAGAGAAACAACGCUCUCGCCUGGGCGGGCUCAUCUUCAAUGAGGACACGGAACCCAGCCACAAACUGGUAGAUAAAGCGUGCCAACAAUUCGAGAACGGGAUCAUAGAGUACAUCCACCCGGGAAAGUGUGCCUCCCGAAAGAUGGAAGCAGACUCACACAAGCUCGAACAGACUUUCGUCAUCGACCCUUCAACAGGGAACCUCAAGGGCUCCAAAAAGGAGACGGAGACCAUGUGUCCAAUCAAUGAUGGACUUCGCCUACAUGACGCCCUGCAGCGUCGGGCGCUGGCCUAUGAUCAGGCUGGCGUCUUUACAUACCAAACGCUGCAGCUCUGGUCGCAGAAAAUGUUGGCGGACAAGUUCCUCUUUGGCAGGAUUGCAGAGGACACGCGUAACUAUGAGGCUCAUCCCCUUGCCGCUAGGCAAAGCAUCAAACAAUCAACGUCAACAGUGGAGGGGGAGCCACCUGCCAAAAGGCAGAAGAAGAAAGCGAAGAAGGACAAGAAGAAUGCUGAUGCCAACAAGGAUACCCACGCUGACAAAGGGAGGGAAGACAAGCCUAAGUUUCAGCUGCCAGAAGGCUGUGUUGCCAAGAUGCCAGGGAAGCCACUCUGCUUCCUCUUCAGUCGCGGGGUAUGCAAGCGCUGCCCGCCCGGCAAGCGUCUCCCACACCUGGCGCCCAAGGACUCCAGCAGAGCUCCUUCGGCAAACGAGCUGUGCGGCUUCGUGGUCUCUGUCCUCUACGCAAUCUUCUUGGCUGGACAACCCGUGGUCAUAAGCAUCGAGAACCCCCUUAACUCCUGGCUUUGGCCAUACCUCGAUUCUCUGGUCAAGGCAACGGGAGACGAUGCUUUUAUGCAGUGGUGGUCCGCAUUCCAGGACGUCAUCUUCGACCACUGCAUGUUGGGGGGCACCAGGGACAAAGCAACCCGCUGGCGAAGCACGCCAGGUGUGUUCUCCCACAUGGCCCCCAGAUGCUCCAAGGAUACUCCACUCUCCUCUGUCGCACCGCGGCAGCAUGCCUACAACACCACUGGAAGUGGCAACCUCCGGUUUCCAUUCCUGAACGAGCGGCUUUGGCGCUCUCUGGGAAACAAAAAGCUGCGUGCCCGCCGCUGCUGCCCGAGUACUCCUACACGUGCCGCCUCCAGCAAGUGCCUCCAGGACGACAUUCACUUGGACUCCGUCGUUGGUGUCUACGCCACACCACAUGAGUUCCUCUAUAGGCUGACUACCUCCGAAGAGGAAGUCGUGAAAUGGCGCGACAACUUCCUCUCCUCUCUUAGGCCACUGCUUUCGACGGACGGUGUUCCCAUGGUUGGCAACCAUGAUGCCCCGCCAAUUUAUCCGGAGAUCCUCAAACCAGCUAAGGAAGUGGUUGAGACUCUCGAGGCCACGGCAGGUUGGAGGAGACAAGCGAUUCUGUCCAAGAAGCCGAUAAACACUGAUCCUGAGGACCUCAGUCAGAUGUGGCGCUUCCUUAUCUGGCAGAACGAGAAGGCGAGGGUUAUCGACGACCUAAAGGAGUCCCAGAUCAAUGACUGCUUCACAGUCCGGUCUAAGCUCGCCCUACAAGACACUGACUUUUGGAUCAAAAUCCUGGGGAAGGUCUUGCGAUCGUUGGAAAGUGGCGCCAGUCGACGCGUCCUCAGUGACGGCGAGGUCCUCGAGGGAGCCAUCCAUCCCGACCCUCUGGCUUCCCCCUUUCUGGGGAGAGGGGUUGACCUCUCGAAGGCUUACAAACAAGUCCCGGUAUCCCCAGGUUCCAAGAAGCUGAUGGUCCUGGCGGUAUGGAACGACAAGCGCUCUGACUACUCCUUCUUCUUGGUCAACUCCACCCCGUUCGGGGGGAGUGCGAGCGUGUAUGGGUUCAACAGGAUAUCGAGAACCUUGUGGUGGUUGAUGGUCCUCGGGCUGGGUUUGAUAGCCACCGCCUACUUCGAUGAUUUCCCGACCGUCGAGAAUCAAAGGCUCGCGGAUAUGACGGAACUCCACCUGUCGAAUCUGCUCGACCUCCUCAACUGGAAGCAUGCCACAACGGGACCUAAAGCCAAACCUUUCGACCAGACCUUCUCGAUUCUGGGAGUGGAAUACGACCUCAGCAUGUUCGCUAAGGGUACCUUCCGAAUCAGGAACAAACCUGGCCGUGUCGAACAGAUACUCGCUGUGGUCAAAGAG